AUUUACGGUGAACUCAGUACCAAGACAGUCUUUUCACCUAGCAAGCGUAUACUUGUUUGGGCCUUCUGAUGCGCCGUCCUUUAGUCAGCUGGUCGUGACAGUUUAAAAGUGGAAGUACCGGGCAUAGGAAAAACAAUGAAAAAACGAUAUUCUUGAGAAUAUUUCUUCUUUAGAUGGUGAAGUACUGAAACUUGAUUAUGCCUACAACAGCCCACGUAAUCAGCUGCAUACAGAAACUAGUCCUGUAUGAAACAAGAGCGAGAUACUUUCUGGUUGGCAGUAACCAUGCGGAAACCAAAUAUCGUGUUUUGAAAAUUGAUCGUACUGAACCAAAGGACUUGACUAUAAGCGAUGAUCAGCAUGUAUACAGCCAGCAGGAAGUGCGGGAACUGCUGGGACGCCUUGAUCUAGGAAACCGAACUAAAAUGGGACAGAAGGGAUCUUCUGGCUUGUCUCGAGCUGUGUCCGCUUUUGGCAUUGUUGGUUUUGUCCAGUUUUUAGAAGGUUAUUACAUUGUGCUUAUAACUAAAAGGCGGAAGAUGGCAGACAUAGGUGGGCACGCUAUCUACAAAAUUGAAGAUACAAAUAUCAUUUAUAUUCCAAAUGACUCUGCACGAAUUGCUCAUCCAGAUGAAGCAAGGUAUGUUAAGAUCUUCCAGAGUGUGGAUUUGUCAAGUAAUUUUUACUUCAGUUAUAGCUAUGAUCUGACUCAUUCACUUCAGUACAAUCUCACCAUCUUGAAGACUCCUCUUGAAACUUUAAAACCUGAAGUAGUACCACAUGCUCGCCAAGAGGGUUUUGACAUUUUUGAGGCAGAGUGUCUAUCUUCAAAUGGUGAUAAUGUUGUCUUUGGAAUCUCCAGCAAGCCAUGUGCAAAGUACGUUUGGAAUUUACAGCUUCUUGACAAAAUUGCAGAUACUGUGCAUCGUGACUGGAUACUGCACAUUAUACAUGGAUUUUGUGGACAGUCAAAGCUGCUGAUCUAUGGGCGACCAGCUUAUCUUACCCUAAUAGCCAGAAGAUCGAGCAAAUUUGCUGGAACACGCUUUCUAAAAAGAGGUGGAACCUGUGAAGGUGAUGUAGCCAAUGAAGUUGAGACUGAACAGAUAGUCCAUGAUGCCUCUGUAAUGUCCUUCUCAUCUGGAAGUUACUCUUCGUAUGUUCAAGUUCGUGGUUCAGUUCCAUUAUAUUGGUCUCAAGACAUUUCCACUAUGAUGCCAAAGCCAUUAAUUAAAUUGGACCGAGCUGAUCCUUUUGCCCAUGUGGCAGCUCUGCACUUUGACCAGAUGUUUCACAGGUUUGGCUCCCCGAUCAUCAUUUUGAAUCUUGUCAAGAAACGUGAGAAGAGGAAGCAUGAAAGGAUCCUAAGUGAAGAGCUAUUUGCUGCUGUGACCUACCUCAACCAGUUUUUACCACCAGAGCACCAUAUUCAUUACAUUGCAUGGGACAUGGCUAAAUACACAAAAAGCAAACAGUUUAAUGUGCUGGAUCGUUUAAGCAUAAUUGCUGAAGAUGUGGUGAGAAAAACAGGCUUUUUUGUGAAUCGACCAGAUUUUUAUUGUCAUACAUUGAGACCUGAUGAAAAAUGGAAUAACCAAGGAGGACUAACUACUUCUUGUGGCCGUUUGCAGACUGGUGUUUUGAGAACUAACUGUGUUGACUGUUUGGAUCGCACAAAUACUGCCCAGUUCAUGGUAGGAAAAUGUGCGCUGGCCUUCCAGUUAUAUGCACUUGGAAUGAUUGAUAAACCAAAGCUGCAGUUUGAUACUGAUGCAGUUAGAUUGUUUGAAGAAUUGUAUGAAGAUCAUGGAGAUACCCUUUCUGUACAAUAUGGAGGAUCACAGCUUGUCCACAGGGUAAAAACAUACAGGAAGAUAGCACCUUGGACACAGCACUCCAAGGAUAUAAUGCAGACACUUUCAAGAUAUUACAGUAAUGCUUUUUCUGAUGCUGAUCGACAGGAGGCAAUAAACCUGUUUUUGCAAGUAUUUCAUCCUUCUGAUGCCAAUAACCCACUCUGGGAACUUGCUUCAGAUUAUUGUUUGCAUCAUAAGGACACUGCAGUGCUUCAACAUUCAAAGAGAAGUUACACAUUUUGGUGGACUUCUGAAGUAUUGCAGCAUUUGCCAUUACCUUAUGAUGAAGUUUUCAGUGCAGAAAACAAGGAACAUAUGGUAGUAAAAAAGUACCAUGCGUAUGAUGAAGAGAUCGACACAUACACAGAAUUCUGGCGACCCUGUGAACUGAGCUCAUUAGAUGAGACCUUCUGCUUGGCAAUGACACAUUCUGCACGGGAGAUUACUAUACCCAAGAAUGUCGGUAAGGAUCCAAGUCCAUUCACUGUCCGCAAACCAGAGGAGAGCAUGAAGUCAGUUCUUGGUAACAAAGUCAACAAAGAAGAAACCAUCUUGCAGCGCAAAACUGCUGCAAGUGCCCCACCCCCUCCAAGUGAGGAGGCUGUAUCAAGCAGUACUGAAGAUGACUCUGGAACUGACAAAGAAGAAGAUGGGUCUAUUUCCCAGCGUUCAACACCGGUUAAAAUAACUGACACAAGCGAUAGUUCUAAAAUUCCAGAUGAAUCAAGUCGAUCUACAGUUAAUGCAUACUGUAGCAGCCUGGUGAGCCUUCCUUCUGAGGAUGACCUCCUGAUUUAUGAAAGGUUUGUCCAGUUAGGGGAAAACCAACAUAAAAUAGACCAGACUACCCAAGUACCUGGUUCAAGAUGUCUUAGAAACAUUACAAAUCUGGCUCCUGUUUCCUCAUUUUCUUGUGACAGCAUUUAUGAGACCCAGCCACCUAAGGUCAGCAGAAAGUCAGAAAUCAUCUUUGAAAGCCACAUCCAAGCAAGCAAGGGCAUAAUGCAGAGCUUUGGAAAAGAAGACAUCUUCAUGUACAGAGAGUACAUCAAAAACCGAUACAUGUAAUUCAGAGACAGUAACUUUAAAAACUACAUGACAAGAAAGCACGUAAUACAGCUCUCAUGUGUCAGCCCAAAUUACAGUGGGGAAAAAAGGCAACAGAUUUUACUUGUACAUUAUGCAUUGAGUUUCCACUGCCAUACGAAAGCACAUUUUCUAGAAACAGAACAAUCAUUUAAGUUGUAGGAGGACUGCCAUUUAGGAGUUUUUACCCUGUCUUGCUGUAAUCAAAGCUCCUUAGGGUCUAAAAUCUGCAUCAUUACUAGCUGGCUCCCACGCUUGCAAGUCUUUUUUGUGUUUUUACCAGUUGUCUCAGAAGGUAAUUAUGACAUUUUCGUUUAGCCCAUUUUCCUUUUAAUGACAUUUAUUGCAUUGAUGAGAUCUCAAAAAUAAGUGAAUUAAUCCACUGGCUUAAAUGCAUUCUUUCCGAAUAAAGUACUGAAUCAGUGUUUGAAAAAUGAACAAAAACAAUAAAGUGGGUCCCAUGAAGAUAUGAA